CAGGACGUGACGGAGGGGCGUGGCUCGUUUGACAGCUGAUGCUGACUCGUGAUUGGUUGGUUCAUUGAGAGGCGUUUCCCUGCGUUCUCGCUAGUGAAAUCGUGUUGGUUUCAGAAGUCAUCAUGGCGCUCACUUCCUCACAUCAAGAUCACCCGUUUGGCCAUUUGAUUGAGACUUUGCCAAGCGAGAAAAAUGAAGUUAGAAAAUACUUCAAUCCUCAGAAGCUUGGAGAUCCAAAGUACGAGCGGCUGCCGUACUGUAUCCGCGUGCUGCUCGAGGCCGCGAUCCGGAAGUGUGACGGCUUUUACGUGAAACGGGAGGACGUGUACAGUGUCCUGGACUGGGAAGAGCGUCAGAACGAGGCCGAGGUCCCCUUCUCCCCAGCACGAGUGCUGCUGCAGGACUUCACAGGUAUUCCAGCCAUGGUGGACCUGGCAGCUAUGAGAGAUGCUGUAGCCAAGAAUGGUAUCGACCCCAACCUCAUCAACCCCAAAUGUCCCACUGACCUUAUAGUAGAUCACUCACUACAGAUUGACUUCAGCAAGUGUGCUAUCCAAAAUGCACCUAACCCUGGUGGAGGUGAUGGGCAGGGGCCAGGGCCUCGAUCUGUUCCUGGACGUCCCGCCCCACGUGGCCAUCACGCCAGCACCGGUGCUCAGUGUGGAGGUCAGAGAGGAGGUUGCUCCAAGGGAUCCUGCACCGACUUGCCCACUAGAGACACGGCAGUACAGAUUGAAAACACGCCACUACUGUGUCCUUUCCACCUAAAGCCGGUUUCUGAGCCAGAGACUGCUCUCAAAAACCAGGAGAUGGAGCUCAUAAGAAAUAAAGAAAGACUUAAGUUCUUCAAGUGGUGUUCGAAAGCGUUUAAGAAUGUGACCGUGGUUCCUCCAGACUUUGGCGCAGUACAUCAGGUUAAUCUGGAGUAUCUGUCUCGUGUGGUGCAGGAGAGUGAGGGUCUUAUUUACCCUGACAGUGUAGUAGGGACAGACUCCCACACUACCAUGAUCAAUGGCCUUGGUGUACUUGGCUGGGGAGUAGGAGGUAUAGAGUCAGAGGCAGUAAUGCUGGGUCAGCCGGUUUCUUUCACGCUUCCUCAUGUUGUUGGAUGUAAGCUAGUGGGAUCCGUCAACACUCUGGCUACAUCUAUAGACAUAGUCCUCGGAAUCACUAAGCACUUGCGCCAGGCUGGUAUCAGUGGGAAGUUUGUUGAGUUCUUUGGCCCAGGUAUGUCUCAGCUCUCCGCUGCAGACCGAACCACCAUUGCUAACAUGUGUCCCGAAUACAGCGCCACUGUCAGCUUUUUUCCUGUAGACGACAUCACACUCAAGCACUUUAAACAGACCAACUUCACAGAGGAGAAACUUGAAAUCUUGGAGACUUAUCUUAAAUCCGUAAAGCUGUUUCGGAGCCUCACUGAACCAUCAGAGGAUCCGCAUUAUACUGAGGUCAUAGAAAUAAACCUGAAUUCCAUCAUCCCCAAUGUGAGUGGACCCAAACGGCCACAGGACCGAGUACCUGUCACUUGCAUGAAGGAGGAUUUCCUUAACUGCCUCAAUGAAAAGGUCGGUUUUAAAGGGUUCCACGUACCGAAGGAAAAGCAAAGCACCACGGUGGACUUUCUGCACGACGGCAACAAAUACGCGCUCUCACACGGAUCAGUCGUCAUCGCUGCCAUCAUCAGCUGCACCAACAACUGCAACCCUUCUGUCAUGCUCACCGCAGGCCUCUUGGCAAAGAAAGCGGUGGAGGCAGGACUUACUGUGAAGCCUUACAUCAGGACUAGCCUCGCUCCAGGGAGUGGCAUGGUUACACACUACCUCAGUGCCAGCAGAGUGCUGCCUUACCUCAGCCAGCUUGGGUUUGAGGUGAUUGGCUAUGGAUGUGCCACCUGUGUAGGAAACACGGCUCCUUUACCUGAACCUGUAGUAGAUGCCAUCAAACAGGGAGAUUUGAUCGCUUGUGGAGUGUUGUCCGGUAACAGGCAUUUCGAGGGGCGUCUCUGCGACUGUGUGCGUGCCAACUACCUAGCCUCACCCCCUCUAGUGGUGGCAUACGCCAUUGCGGGCACAAUUGGGAUCGAUUUCGAGAAAGAGCCACUCGGUGUGAACAGUAAAGGAAAGGAGGUGUUCCUGAAGGACGUGUGGCCAUCUAAAGAAGAAGUGCAGAAUGUAGAGGAGCACAUGGUCAUCGCCUCCAUAUUCACAGAGCUCAGGAGCAGGAUGCAGAAAGGAAGCACGUUUUGGAACAGCUUAGACGCUCCAGACUCUGUAUUCUUCCCCUGGGACUCCAAGUCCACUUACAUUCGCUGCCCUCCGUUUUUCAACAAGCUUUCUAAAGACAUUUGUCCUCCUGGCUCUAUUGAUAAUGCACACGUUCUGCUGUUUCUGGGGGACAAAGUCACCACUGACCACAUCUCUCCAGCCGGCAGCAUCGCACGCGUCAGCGCAGCCGCCAAGUACCUACAGAGCAAACGCUUGACACCUCGCGAAUUCAACUCUUAUGGCGCUCGGAGAGGCAACGAUGCCGUGAUGACUAGAGGAACUUUUGCCAGCAUUAAACUCCUGAACCUUCUCGUCGGCAAACCCGGUCCCAAAACCGUGCACGUCCCAUCAGGACAGACGAUGGACGUGUUCGAGGCGGCGGAGCGUUAUCAAAGAGACGGCGUUCCUCUCAUCAUCCUGGCAGGAAAAGAUUACGGCUCAGGCAGCUCACGAGACUGGGCAGCCAAAGGACCUUACCUACUGGGAGUGCGGGCAGUGAUCGCUGAGAGUUUUGAAAAGAUGCAUAAGAACCACCUGGUGGGAAUGGGCAUCGCUCCUCUGCAGUUCCUCCCUGGCCAGACUGCUGAAUCCCUGGGGCUCUGUGGGAAAGAAAGGUUCUCCAUCUCCAUCCCAGAGCAGAUCAACCCUCAGCAAGAGCUAACCGUGCUGACCAGCACUGGAAAGAGCUUCAGCGUGGUGGCGCUGUUAGAGAACGAGAUGGACGUGACGUUUUACAGACACGGAGGCAUUCUGAAAUUUGAGGCCCGCAGUAUGCUGAAGUAACGUCUCGGUCUUUCUCUUUGUCCUGCCUGCUCUCAGAUAAUUCACACGAUCCGCCUCAGGGGCACUGAGUGAGACUGUUUGAGCUAAGCCUGCUGAUGUCCAGCCAGGUCGGGCCACAGAUCGACCGGACGUGAAGGGCUGUUGUACGCCCGGCGACGGCUCCGGGGCGAAAGCCUGUGACUUUUAUUUUCGGGCCUUGAACUUUGUUGUGCCUGUUUUCUGCUGUCACUCUUCCUAAUAAUGUCUACCAGAAGACUUUUUUUUUCUUGCUCUUAACAAUGUCUCUGCUGUUUCGUUCUUUAAAUUCGCCGUCCCACAGAAAUGCGAAAGAAAUUCCGACUCUGCACAAAGUUGUGGCGUCCUAAAAACUCUGGGUCGACUCUGGAUUUCUCCACCAGGCCACGGUGCAUGUUCGCGGUGCCUGUUCAGCACAUCGGUGGACACGUCGUUCGCAAAAGAUUAGAGGAACCGGUGCUACGCUCUUACGAUGUCCACACACACCCACAUACGGCGGUGCAUCUCCGUCUGAUACUUACAGGCUUUACGUACUGCUUUAGCGCUUAGAGGCCAUGACGGAUUCCUUUCUGUUGCUGUUUGUUUUGUUUGUUUUUUGAUGUUUUUUCAGAUGUUUGUAAGUGUACAAAGUCAAACUCAAUGCCUAACCUCAUUAACCCAGUUUUUAAAAAGUCCUCAACUUUGUGAGGAUUAAAAAAAUCACGUAUUACUUUAUUUAUUUUUCAUCCGAUCCAGCGUGAAAUCAUUUGUUUGUCGCUUUGUGUCUGUUUCUUAAUGGACGGAGCCUGUUUCUUCAGGGCCUGAUUUAGUAACUGAAAUAAAUAUAGUAUCAGUAUCAUCAUUAUUAUUAUUAUUCCGUCUGUGGUGUAUUACAGGAGCCGGCACUUAUCAGAUCGAAUCGACUUAUGGAUGUUUUUUAAAGUGUCCUAAGAGAGAUGGGAAUUGAUGUAAAUCAGUCACAGUUUAAAAAAAAAAAAAGAAUGCCACAAACCCACACUACAGGCAAAUAAACCAAACAGGUAAAGAAAAUCCACUUAGUUGUAAAGAUUUGAUGUUUUAAUCUGUCUGAAAUAAAACAGCUCGACAUCUUUGGCUUACUGUGCCGCAAUCCAUCCGACUUGGAAUUACGAGUGUGAUUAUUUUUAUUUUAUUUUAUUUUUUUCAAUUUAUAUUUCCAGACUUUACCCACCCAAAUACCCCCCCCCACCCAAACUUGAACUGAUUGGUAUGUUUAGAUUGUAAACCAAAUACUUGAUUUGUUAACGAUUUAUUCAUUAGAGGCAAACAAAACACUUGACCUUCAUUAUACGUCUUUUUUUUUUAUUAUUUUAAUUUAAUUUAUUGUUCAGAAAAAUCUUAAUUAGCUUUAAUUAGAUGCUAGGGGUACAAGUAGACAGCCAUGUAUUUUUUUUUUUUAAAGCACUAUUUUCUCACCAAAACCAUUUAAAAUCCUUUCCCGGUAUCGCAAAACUUUUAUUAUGCCAAAACAGAAUGAACAUAACAAUGGUAUAACGUCUGCCUUGAAAAGGUCAUCUUUUCUAGAUUCCAUGUUUGUUUUUUAUUUUGUGCAUCUUAAACAUUAGUACAUCAGACAAAAGUAAGCGUGUAGAGUAGUUCAGGAUGUAGCUCUUCCGACUGUUUUGCACCAUUUGUAAAAAAAUGACGGAUGCAACAGGAGAGAUGACUUGAGGAAGGUGGAGAAAAUAACUUCUGUUGAGUUUUGCUGUUGUAACUCAUUUUUAAUAAACUUUAUCAAGAAUGA